AUCACAUUGGUGUGGUUGGCAAAGAAAUGCAAUAAACAUUACUCUAGCCUUCAUCGUUAAAUUAUUGCUACGCGAUAGCCAAGUCAUUGUAUUUAUUCAUUCACUCACAAAAAAAGAGACCAAAGAUAUCGGCGUGAGAGAUGGCGAGAGAGAAAGUUCUGAGCGCGUACCGGGCGCUGUUGAAAGCCACUCGAAAAUCAUUCGCCGGCGACACUUUGAUGCUGAAAGGAUCUGCGGUGGAGGUACGGAAGAAGUUCGAGGAAAAUAAGAACGUUACAUCCGAAACCGAGAUCCAGAAGCUUCUCGAAGAGGCCGCCGAGGCCUCUGAUUUCAUCACCACCAUGAUCGUCCAGGCACAACUCAAUUCUGAUGCCGGCAGUUAUGUAGUGAAACCUGGUAAAGAGCACGCGGGAGCAACCCUUGAAAUUCCUUCAGAAGAAAUUAUUGGAAAGUCAGGAUAGGGACAGAAGGGAAGAGGUCAGAACGAAAUGUUUUCUCCUCUAGAUUGUUUAUUUUUGUUUAGGAGCAAUAAGUAAUGUACUUAUUUCUAGUGCUUGGGAGUGCUUGAAAUUUUUGGCUUAGGUUUCUUUUUAUGGUAGUUUUAGUCUACCUUUUAUGUGUUGUAUGAUUAGUGAUCUAGCUCACCUCUGUGUUAGUCAGUUUCAUCCGAAAUCCUUAUAUUUUAUACUCAUCUGGGUUUUGCCCCCCAUGCACUUAUAGACACACAGUUUGUCAUCGUUGUAGUUUCGUGAA